CCCCUUGUUUGUAAGAGUUUGAUCAGGUUCCUCCUGGCCUGCAAUGAGAGCCAGGCAGCUUUAGGCCCCUGUUUACCCUCGAGUUAAUGAAUGAACAGGAAUCGGCACAACUUUCCAAAUGUACAGAAGCUUGGAAGGAUUCUGGCUCCAGGAACUCUUUGGGUGGGGGGAGAGAGACAGACAGACAGACAGAGAGCACACAAGAGCUCCGAGUUGUAAAUUCUUCCUGAGCUGUGAGGGGCAUUCACUGAGAUAGCCCUCCCACCAUGACCAUGGCAGGUGCAGUGGGCUGGCACUUGGCUGUGAAACUGGAGAGAGCUGGUUUGAGUUUGCACUUUAGCUCCUGGUAGGCAGGGAGCCUGGGCUGUGCUCACAUCUCCUCGGCGCAAAGAGCUGCAUGCCGCCCACCCGCAGGAGGAUGUCUCAGUGGCUCUGGAUCCUUGGAAAGGUCCUGCUCUUGGCGAGGGUGGCUGCCUCAGUGAACUUCUUCCAUCACCGCUAUGAGGAGCUGGUGCAAGCCCUGUUUGAUGUGAAGGGCGCCUGCCCAUACAUUACCAGGCUGUACAGCAUUGGGCGCAGUGUCCAGGGCCGCCACCUCUAUGUGCUGGAGUUCAGCGACUAUCCUGGCAUCCAUGAGCCCAGUAAGUGUUUUCCUGGGGUUGUAACCCUUUCCUGCGGCUGAGCAGUUGCUUCUUUGUGUGCUUCCAACCCAUGCCAAGUUCCGGAGCAGUGAGAUUCAGUGCUGCCCUGGCUUCUAACCAGGAACCCCUGUGGCCAGCAAAGCCCAGCCCCACGGCACUCCUAGCUAGGGCAAGCAGAGACUGUGGGGAGGAGGAGCUGUGCAGGAUGCAGCCGUGUGUCAGCUGACAGAGACUCGCCAUGGCGACCUGGCAUGUAUUUCUUUUCGUCUGUUGUUCAUUUUACACUUGAGGAAUCGAGGGAGAGAGAUGUGUCCAAAGAGCAGUCCGAGGUCUGUGGCUGAGGUAAAAUUUAAAUCCAGCUCCCUGGGGUUCAAGUCCAGAUCACUACCUGCUGCGCAACUCUGAUUCUAGGAAGAAGAGCUGAGGGAACUGGUUUGAAGUUUAUGGUUAACCUUGGCUGGUGAGGGAAACCUCCAUUUGGGGCUGCCUAGCUUUUCAUACUUCUAUGGCAGAUGUGGCUUUGGUGGAGCCUAAUGCCUCUGGAAGAAGUGAGGGAUGGGGUGUGCACUGACUUAGGUAGAUGCUGAGGCCAAUAGCCAGGUGACGACAGGCACCAGAGUCAGACAGAGGCAAGAGUUCUCAGGUUCUUCUCCAAGUACCUCUUCCAUCAGAGGUGAGAUGAUAAUCAACAAGAGAGGGGAGGACUUUUUUCUGACAAUGAUGCCCUGGUUGUUGAAUGACCUCCCCAAAGAGUUUCAUCUGCUAUAAUAUUGCUAACAUUUCAGUGUCGGGCAAAAGCAGUUUUAUUUACUCAGGCAUUUCAACUGACACGAACUGAUUCUAACUGAUCAAGACUUUUUUUGGGUGCUUCCAGGCAAGUUUUUAUUGUGGGAAGGUCAUUAGUAUCAAAUGGUCAGCCUGUAUUCCCCCUCCCCUCACCAUUCAGCCCAGCAUUUUGUCUACACAACAGCCCUGCAAGGCAAAUUCUGCUAAAAGCCAGUGAGCUUCAGGCUGAAUGUGAGGCUGUGUUUUCUCUCUCCAAGCUCAGCAGAAUACAGUGUUGGCUAGGGGUGCUUCUAGAUGGGUGCUUAAUUUGCAAGCAGGUUAUUGAGAUAUUGCAAAUGGGCAAUGGGAUCAUUAUAGCACCAACCCCAUAAUAAACACCCAACAGGAGGUACCAUAAGAAUGCCUGCAGGCCAUCUGUUUAGGUAGAGGAUAGGAACACAGGAGAGGGACAAGGAGCUGAGGAAGAGUGGAUAAGAAAGGGAAAGGGCUGUCUGCAGAUGGCAAAUUGCACAAGAGGUGUCUGGAUACGUUAGGAUUCCCUUUGACCUUGUUUUGUUUCCUUUGGGACUGGGAAAGUCGUUGCAAGCACGCUGCCCUUCCAUUUCUCCAAUGUGCAAUUUAACUGUCUUCUUCACCCCAUAGUGCCAUCUCUGAAUGUGGGGUUGAGCAGCAGGUAGGGUCCUUUUGCAGCCUGAGGAAGCCCUCGCCCUCCUGUACUCUGAAGGCUGCUUGUCUUGCAUAUGGAGUUAAAGGGGCCGCUUUAUGGGGGGAGUGGUUUUAGAGAAAAGAAUUUGAGGCCAGGCCAAGAUGAAGGAUUGAUUUGAUUUUGCAGUUCAGUCUAAAACCCCUCGAGGCUUUUGAAGUCUGGAAUGUGACAUAGCAGUGAGAGGAGAUGAAGGAACUGGGAAGGGGAGAGCUGGCUGUACAAAAUAAGGGCAUAGAGAGAACCUGACCUUUCUGAUUUGAAUGGACCCUCUCAUCAGUCCUGAAUCAAAGAAAAUGCUUCUCUCCCACCCCAAAAUUUACACCACUCCCAUACAGGCCAUUGCUUCUUGCAACUCUCUUGGGGCACGGAUUCCCAGGGGUUGCGCCACCCUGACUCCACAAUUCUUUGCGGGGUUCAGCAAGGUGGAGAAGAGCCACAGCUCAGUGACAGAGCUUUGUCAUUAUCAAUGGCUUUGCAUGCCAGAAUAUCAAGGUGGGGUUGGGAAUCUCCCUGGUCAGUGCCACUGCCAGUCCAUGUAGACAGCAUCAAGCUAGGUGGACCAAUGGCACGAAGUGGCCUAAGGCAUCAGCAGUUGUCUAUGACUCUGUGAUACAGUAGAUCAGCCUUUCCCAACCAGGUGCCCUCCAGAUGUUUUGGACCCCAACGCUCAUCAGCUGUGCUGGCUAGAACUGGUUGGGGAAGCCUGCAGUAGAUGGUGGAUGACCCCCACAGAGAGACUCUUCACAGCAGCACAAAAGGGCACAGCUAGAGUUUAAUCCCUGUGGGACAUGAAUGGGGAACAUGCGCCCUAGCCUUCUUCCCAGUGUCUAUGCUUUCAGAGCACCAGCCAACCCUGGGUAUUAUUCCAGCCACUGUUCUAAUAUCAGCAAAUCUAUCACUUUCCCAGUGGAGCCAGAGUUCAAGUAUGUGGCAAACAUGCACGGGAAUGAAGUGCUGGGCCGGGAACUGCUGCUCCAGCUCGCAGAGUUCCUGUGUGAACAGUAUCGGCAUGGCAACCAGCGCGUCACGCAGCUCAUCCAUGAGACGCGCAUUCACCUCUUGCCCACCAUGAACCCAGAUGGAUAUGAGGUGGCAGCUGCCCAGGUACCAGGCAAGCAUCCCUUCCUUAUCUCAGUAGCCAUGGUGAUGAUGGAAGAAGGUUGUCUGAGGGAGGCAAAGGGAGGACUAGCACAGGGGAAAACAUGCAGGAGGUGGGGUCAUGGAGGACAAGUCUAUCAGAUUCCAUUAGCAGCUCAUAGCCGUCAUUGAACUUGGAUCCAAAUGAAAUCAAUGGGUUAAGAUAAUCAUGAUUUAAGUUGCAUUUAUUUCAAUGGGAACUAAGUUCACCUAACUUAGUCUGGAUCCAGCUCAUGUUUAAAUUACUAUAAUUAUUUCUAAAGUUGCAUCUAUAGAUAUGAAUUAGUAUAUGUACAUUUUAAUCCCUCUUUUAAUGUCCAUUUUUAAUGAAUAAGUGUAUGGGUUUUUUAAGGGUCCUGAGCUCCUGGUCUUUUGCUGGAUCUUUUCCUCCUUCUAAAAACUUCUGUGUAUGUGGGUAUUUACUUUAUUUACAGCAGGGGUAGCUAAGCUAUCACCCUCCAGAUGUUGUUGGACUACAACUCCCAUCAUCCAUGACCAUUAGAAAGACUGACUGGGGCAGAUGGGAACUGGAGUCCAGCAACACCUGGAGGGCCACAGGUCAGCCACCUCUGCUUUACUGGGCACUUUGUAGAACACAGUGCUGGUGAGACCCCAGUCACCCUCCCACUUAAUUUGCCCAGAGGCAAAUUAGUGUCAUGAGUCUGUGCCCCAAGAUUUUUUUAAAGUACCUAGCAAUGCUUUUGCCUAAGUGGUCAGCCUACACACUGACCCUUCAUAGCACAGUAAUAGCCAAGCUAGUAACACUGGGGAUUUUUUUCUUAGGGAUUUGAUUUAGUCAUGGCUUCUAGACAAGUUCUGUGCCCUUCCACUGCAUUCUGGUGAUGGGCAACCAAAGCAGGCCGAGAUGCUUAGAAAGCUCAUUUAAUGAUACUGGACUUGUUUCAUCUGUCAAGAGUGGUACUAACAGCGGAGCCCCAUGGGCCAAGCCCCAGAGCUAUUGGUCUAGCUAUUGUGUUGAUUUAUUUCCACUCUCACUGGAUUUCUGAUGAAACUCAUGCGGUGUCAAUAUAUAUUCCCAGAGCUCCUUGAUUUGAAUGCAUUGCUUUCAUCUCUGGUACUGUCAGUAAUUCCUAGCCUUUAAAUGCCAGAACAGAAACUGUACUGAACAGGGCCUGGAGCACUGCCUAGUAAAGUAUUUAAUCUCACUGGAGACCCAGAUUGGUCAUGCUGCUAUUCUCAUUACUUUUUCCUUUAUUGGGCUUCCCCGUUCCGUUGUCUAGGGGACAAAUAGAUGCAAGAAUUUCUGACCAUAAAAAUAUGAGGAUUUGCUGCUGGGAGGGGAGGCGGGGGAUUCUGUGGAUUCUGAGCUAUUUUGAGUGCAACAGUCUGUUGUAAAGCAGCAAAUACAUCAAACUCUAAUCUAAUUUCAAUGAUGGUGGCUGCUGAUAAUGUUAAACAGGGUCAGAAGAUGCCUGCCAGCUGGGAUUAACACUCAGAAGCCCAGAGAUUUUUGCAUAUCCUUGUGUUUCCUGAAAUUCUCAUUGACACAUACACCAACAAAAGUGGCAAGGUGGGGUUUGGUGUGCACUUAGCCAUGCCUAGGACUCACAUGUUUACCAUUCAUUCUUCUCUAGAGCCAAAGUCCCUUAGGAUACCUCGUUGGGAGAAACAAUGCCAAUGGAGUUGACCUUAACCGAAACUUUCCUGACCUCAAUACUGUCAUGUACUACAAUGAGAAACAGGGUGGACCCAACCACCACAUACCCUUGCCAGACAACUGGAGGAGUCAGGUAACACAUUACUGUAGACUCACUCAAUGCCUAGUCUGCCUGGGUGUGCUUCACAAAAACAACACUCGCUUUAGGACACCCCUCCAGGGCUGUGGCAGUUCAGGUUCCCCUCUCUAAGAUCCUUCUCUUCUUCUUUUGCCUCAACUCCCACAUUAGUUCCAGUGUUGCUACAUCCAAUGUCCAUCUCUCAGUUUACUCCCAAUAUCCAGCACACUGGAUGUUCUGUUUCAGUGCCACCGACCCAUGGCUGCAGCAGGACAUAUGGGGUGCUUGGGUUUUAUCCCACCCACCAAUCCGACCAGUGAGGGCUGUGAAGUCCACAAGGUUGAUUUCUUGCAGUGAUGCAGAAGAAAAAUUUAUUCCCCUUGCCAUAUUGGCAAAACCUAUUGGUAUUUUGCAACUUUCUGACUAGUUGCAGGACCUUAGCCAGACCUAGCAGAGUAAACGCAGAAUCCACGGAAGCAACUGGCAACUUGGAUGCAGACAGGAUAGACGAAGCAGGAACCAGGAACUUUGAAGUUAGGUGUUUAUUAUACGCAGUGGACUAUUUACAGGAACAGAACACGGAUCUUUAGCUAGCUCUCUCUGACACGACUCACAACUCCUACGCUCACUGACACACUGAACCAUUGAAAUACUGAACUAACACAUUCCAGUUAGUAGGCCAUUAAUUAUAACUCCCUUGAGAGAGCUUGACCAAUCAGGGAGCUAUCUCCAUGUCUCUGUUAUCACCAGGCAGACUUACUCCUUCACAUGACCUUCUGGCUGUCUGCCAAACCUUAAUUGCCUCUGUGUGAGUAGUGACACAUACACAGUUUCUCAACAUGCCAUUCUCUUGGUCUUUCACUAGGAGCCAACCUACCCAUUAAGGAAAAGCAUGUACUUCCUGGACUGUACCACUUCACAAUGCAGAUAGGGUAAUCACAUAUUUGAAGAUCCUCUUCAUAAAAACCUCUCCUCAGCCCAUAUAAAAGUGGCACAUUCCAGCCUGGCACACGCCUAUGGCCUACUAGGGAGGACUCACUCCUGCCUCCAUUUUAAUUUCCACAGGAUGCAAUACAUCUGCUAUCACCAUAUAGUAAACAUGGGGGGGGGGGGCUGGAGGGGAAGACCACUGAAGGUGUUUUAUGUGGGCCACCCUCAAAAACCUGGCCAUGAACACAUUAAGGGGAAGGCCAUGCAAGAACCUUUCUCCUUGAUACGAUAGCUUUCCAACACCAGGUGACUUGACAUGGCAGAGCACUCAGUCAUGGAAGUCUACCUCUACAUUUUGAAGGGGUAUGGUCCUAGCAGGACUCUGCCCCAUGUUUGUACCAAACUGGGAAUGCUGGAAAUAAGGACGUGGUUCUUGCCUGGACUUCCCUGCUUCUCCCCCUUCGCAGGUGGAACCAGAGACUUUUGCUGUGAUUCAGUGGAUGAAAAGCUACAAUUUCAUUCUCUCGGCCAAUCUCCAUGGUGGUGCCGUCGUUGCCAACUACCCAUAUGAUAAAUCCCAAGAGCAGAGAAGCCGGAGCUUCUGGCAAGCACAGAACAGCCCCACUCCUGAUGACAGCCUCUUCCAGAAGGUGAGUGGUAGCAGACAUAAUAGCCACGGCACUUUCCCUGGGUGCUGGAUUUUGUUAGCUCUGAACAGUGCUGGAAUGUAGGUCUUCUUGAUGGGAAGCACAGGGAACUGAUGUUGCAAAGUCUGUUUACAAAUUAAUGAAUUUGAAUCUGGAUUCUGCCUGUGCCCUGCAAUGCUUAUGAAACUGAGUGGGUAGGGACUUCCGGGGUGGCGCCAUCGGCAAUGGCGGACUCCCUCUGAACUGGAGGGACUAGCUCCGCGUGAAACGGGUCUUUUCCGCUACGGCGAAGCGGGGACCCAUUUAAAAAUCACAGGCGGAUGAAGCCUGUGACCAUGGGACUCGGUGGGCACCCUUAGCGCCCCCCCAACUCGCAAAGGAACCCACUAAUGGGCUCCGGAGUGAAGAGGGGGAAGUGGCGCGGUGCUGUGAGUCAACUGCUAUUUCCGUGGAGCGAAGCCGCAUAGCCGUUGCCGGAGAGCGCUGCCUUUUUCCUGGGACAAUUUGGACUCUAAAAUAAGCACCCGUGAGUACUUGAACUCUGAACAACUGGACCUUAAAUAAGGACUUGCGAGCAGAAAGGAAUUGGAUUUAAAAAUUUAUUUCAAUUUGGUACUGAACGGGAAGGUCUAAACAGGAAGUCAGCCUUCCGUUCUUUUGUAGACAGAAUAAAGCAAAGACAACGUAAACUAGAGCUCAGAUAAUCGCUUUUAAAGGAUUGGAUUUCACCAUUUAAAAUUGUGGAACCCCCCUUCGACAGCAGGAGAAGAAGGUGGAUCUUUUUCGGACUGUUUAAAGUGAGUUUAAAAUAAAGUAACUUUUCACCGUCCUGAUCCUGGAGCGGGGUGUCAGGACUGACGUUUGAAGCUCAUUGACCAAAGACAAACGUUUUUGACAGAUAGCUAAAAGAAGAGAAACAUAGUGAUUCCGCUGUUUCCCUUCGCAUUUUAAAGGAACAAAUAUUGACAAAAUAUCUCAAAAAGGAAAACUUUGUUGCAAGAACAAAUAGAAGUUUUCCCCCUAGAGGGAGACUGUGAAACUGUAACCAAUUCCAGGGAGCCGGCAGCUGUUACAGAUUACAAUCGUGGGAAUAGACAUUUGACCUUGCAGGACAAUGUAUUCAGAAGCUCUGUUGUGUGCUUUCUAUAAAACAAAUGCCCUACUGGAACAGUUACAUGAGAAGAUGAAUUUGAUGGCGACUUCGACUAGAAAUUUUGAACAGGCAGUGGGAAAUUUUGAACAGACAGUGGGAAAAUAUGUGGAGCCCACCCAGGAAUUAAAUCAGGAGUGUGUCCUGACAGAACAGGCCCAACAGGAAUAUGAGCUUUCGGACUUGACAAAUGAACUUGGAAAAAGCCAGAUUUGGAAAGAAAAAGUUUGGUUUGGCUUGGAAAUGGGGGGCUGGAUUGACCCCCCUAUGCUGGGAUGUUUGGACUUUUCAAAUCUGGCAAUGGGCCGUGAGAUGUUUGGGAUUGUGGGGGCUCUUAAUUUUGGAGGGUUUUUGAAACAUGUUUUUAAAUACCAUAUGGAAUUUAGUGUUGAAUAUGGAAAAGGGGCUGAUCUGUCAAGAAGGGUCAAAAAUAUUGCCAAGCUGGAGUUACCACGAGCAGGAGACAAGGGAAAACACAGUUACAAAUAUGAAGAAGAGCUGCGGAAGGGACAUGGAAGAGACUUGAGGGCCUCGGAUAUAAGGUUGCCAGGUUAAUGCGCUAGAUCGAUGGGAUAAUAAGGACUGACAAAACCCGGGACCAGGAGGAAGGGACGCUGGAUGAAGAUUGGAUCUGUUUCUAUUUCUUUUUUUUUACUAUUAGGACUGUUUUAUAAAAUUGAUGAAUGUUAGAAAAAUGUUGGAAUGAAAUUACUCGGCUUUAGUAAAGAUGCUUAAAGAAUUAUGAAAGAAUAUUAUGGUUAUGAGAAGUUGGUAAGGAUAAGAUUUAAGCUUUAAGUUUCAAGUUUUUUUUAUAUAUAUAGAAAGAUAAGAUUAAAACAGUUUAAGGUAAUGUAAUGACAGAAUAUUAUGAAAUAUGGAAAGGAUUUGCUGGGAUAAUUAAUAACUAGGAUACAAAGAAAGGGAGGAGGAGGAGGUCAAAGAAAGAAGGUAAUGACAGUUGAGGAUUUGAGAAUAAUGAAUUUGUUUUUAAAUGUUCUUAAAUGUCUGUGGUGUAUUUUUGUUUUUUUCUGUUUUUUUUCUUAUUUUGAAUUUGUAUUCGUAUUGUUGGAAGUGGUUUGUUUUUCCCCUUUUUUACUUUGGUAACCAUUUUUAUUUUGUAUUUUCUUCUUUUUUUAUUUUUAUUUUGUAACAUUUUGAAAAUCUCAAUAAAUAUCUAAUGAAAAAAAAGGAAAAAGAAACUGAGUGGGUAGGAAUCUAUGACUAGCUUGGCACUUUCUUUACAGCUGGCCAAAAGCUAUUCAUAUGCCCAUGGAACGAUGCACCAAGGCACAAAUUGUGGAGAUAUCUUUCCUGAUGGCAUCACCAAUGGAGCCUCCUGGUAUUCGCUCAGCAAGGGUAAGGCCAAGGGGGAAAGGCAGGGGCAUUCAAAAUAGCCCAUGUAGGAGGAAUGGGGGAUGGAGAGAUUGGGAGAAGAGGAAAGGGAGAGACUCAGCUAGGUAAUUCUGGAGGGAAGAAACAAUACAUGUGACCCCAUAUGGAAAUUCUGUACAUUGGAAGAGGAGAUGAAGAGCCAAUGGUGCCUGUGCCUAAAGAAGCCUGUUUUGUAAUAUGUUUGUUUUUCCAUCUGUUCCUGAAAUGUGGGGGUGGGGAACCUUUUUCACUCUAAGGGGCACAUUCCUUCAUGGGCACCUUUCUGAAGGCCACAUUUCAGUGGCGCACAGGGCCAGAGUCAAAGUGAGCACAGAAAGGGAUGUGAAAUUUACCUUUGUAACGUGGAAAACAUUCCAGCCCUGCAAAGCUCAGACAUUUGUACACACCAGAACUUACGCACGUCUCUUUACCUGGCCCCCACAAUCCAGCAAGGGGCUGAGGUGAUUUUAUCAAACAGGGGAGGGGAAACUUGCUUCUUCUUAUGCAUGUCGGUAGUGGGUGCGAAAGCACUGGAUAUAAAUGUUACCUUUGUACAGCAGGCUGUUUUCCGCACAAACUCGCACGCCCCUCUCCAUCUUCCACCCAGGUAAGCAAGAGGCAUCAUCAGAGGACAAGGGCAUGUUCUCCAACCAAGCAAAAGCAGAGCCAGGAAGGGGUGUGGCUUGGGGAGAGUCCCAAGGGUCAGACUGAGAGGACUGGAGGACUGCAUUCAGCCCCAUUGUGGAACAAAUCAAUAUCCUCAUCUCUUUGCCUUGCAGGGAUGCAAGAUUUCAAUUAUCUGCACACCAAUUGCUUUGAGAUUACCCUUGAACUGAGUUGCGAAAAAUUUCCACCAGAGAGCAGUUUGGUGUUUGAGUGGCGGAAAAAUGCUGAAGCACUUAUCACCUACAUAGAGGAGGUAAUAAAGCUGCCAGGGUGUCAUCCUGCCCAAUCCCUCUACAAAGUUGUCUCAUUUCCCCCUGGAUCCAUUUUUAAAAUAUGGUGUUACAUUGACUACUUUCCAGUCCUCAGGUGCGGACGCUGAUUUGGCAAUUUGUCAGUUUUUAUUUUGCCCAUUAGCUAAAUUUCUCAUCAGCACUACCUGCCUUAGUUCCCCAGACUCACCUCCAGUGCUCCAUGGCAGCUGCCUUAUGCCCAGUGCUUUUUUUUCUUUAAAGAAAAUGUUUAGGGGUACUUUAAUUUUCCUUACUCAUAUUGAAAUACUGCUCCUCAAUGAGACCAAACUUAGAUGCACAAAAUGUUUAGGGGUAUGCGUACCCUGCAUCCCCCCAGAAAAAAGCGCUGCUUAUACCAGACCACGACCAAGUCAGAGCACUUGUCCAUCCAAUUGAGUACAGUGGUACCUCAGGUUACAGACGCUUCAGGUUACAGAUGCCACUAACCCAGAAAUAGUACCUUGGGUUAAGAACUUUGCUUCAGGAUGAGAACAGAAAUUGCGGGGCGGCAGCGGGAGGCCCCAUUAGCUAAAGUGGUACCUCAGGUUAAGAACAGUUUCAGGUUAAGAACAGACCUCCAGAACGAAUUAAGUUCUUAAUCCAAGGUACCACUGUACUGAAAGUUACAGGCAGGGCUUUUGGCAACCUUAUCUGGAGAUACCAAGGAUCUCUUUGGGUCUUUUGCAUUUGGAACGUGUGCUUUAUCACUGAGCUAGAAUGCAUCACUUGUGGGGUGUGGGUCAAGCUCUGUUCUCAGGAGCUCUUCUUCUUCUUCUUCUUCUUCUUCUUCUUCUUCUUCUUCUUCUUUGAAUUUAUAUAUACCCGGAGGUCUCAGGGAGGUUCAUAGAGCUAGGCAAGCCGAACCACUGCAUUCUGGAUCUAGGCAGUGUGGACUCCCUUUCCCCAGUUCUAAGGGUAUCCACUUAUUUGUUUGGUAUUUGUGAUUUGUAGGUUCACCAGGGCAUCAAAGGUCUGGUGUCCGAUGACAACAACAACAGGCUCGCAGGUGCUGUCAUCUCAGUCAAAGGAAUUGCCCAUGAUGUCACUUCAGGUCGGUACCCAGCUUGACACAGGCCAGACUAUUAUCAUAGGUGGUAAUUAAAUGGCAUUGCUGUAUUUGUAUGUCCCACAUUUAUAAUCUGAAAGAAAAACCUUCAUAUAACAGCCAGGUAUACUUUUGUUUUGAAAAUGACUCUCUUCUGCUUUCUGCAUUACGUUAACAACAUUCGCAGUGAGCCAUUCUGGAAGACUAAAAGGGGUUCUGAGAGUCUGUUGUGAAGAUAUCUAUUCCUUGUGACCAAGUGCCCCACGCAGGGGCUAUAAAGGGUAUAAGCUUCUCAUAUAAAAACAAGCAAAAACAAAAUAGAAAAGGCCAUGAGUUAUGUCCAGUGCUUUUUUUCUAAAAAAAAAAAUGUUUACGGGUACUCUCAUUUUGACUCAAGAAAAUCACCAUUUUAUAGUUCAAAUUGGGAAAAAUAAAUACAAUAAAUGGGCAAAAGUACAAAGAUUCACAAAAUGUUUAGGGGUAUGCAUAUCCCUGUGUACCCCCAGAAAAAAAAGCACUGGUUAUGCCUAUAGCUUUAUGGUCUCUUAAGCAGCCAGUUUCAAUAUCUUAGUAGUCAAAGAGUUCAUCUAGUCCAACACACACACACCGAUGCAGUAAAUCUACUGCUGUAGCAGUGGGCCAUUGAGCUCAAUAAGAAUCCCCCCCUCAUUGAAAUUUUGGGGUGCUAACCCCUGCCCUUCCCUGCACUUUCUGCAGGGAAGUAUCAGUGAUUUCCGUAAGUGGAAAUAUUGUGAAACAAACAAGCAAGCAAGCAAGCAAGCAAGCAAACAAACAAACAGAUAAACUUGUUCUCUGGCCUGGCAGAGUACAUUGCAAGUUUGAGCUGUGUUCAUAGUGAGUGUCACCGGGCAGAUACAUAAUUCAACACUUUGUUAGAGGAACAAUCAGGACCAACUGAACCCUGAUUCUGGCCAGGGUUCCCCCCCCCCUAAGACUCCCUAAUUGUGGGGUUGAGGCCAGGCAAGUCAAGCCCAAGUGGUGUCCUCUGGCUCUGCUCUCUAUACCUUCUCAGCCCCUCUUUCUCUUUGGUAGGAGAACAUGGUGACUAUUUCCGGCUGCUGCUGCCUGGGACUUACACAGUCACUGCAUCAGCGGAUGGAUACCAGCCACAGACAGUGACGGUGACAGUGGGCCCAGCUGCACCCACGGUGGUGAGUGUUGGGGAAAGGUUAAAGGUGCCAGGUUCUUCUAAGCUGGGCCUUCAGGCGUGAAUUAGAGUAGGGCCACCAGGGAGAUAGUGGGAAGAAACCUUCCCUGCACCCCUAUGAGAGUUGGGUCAUGGAAUUAUGGUUAAUAAAAAUGUGGAAACAUUGAGAGUAUGGGAAAGCAUUAGCCCAGCCCAGCUUCAGAAGUUCACCUUCUCUUUCAGACUGGUAAGAAGAAGACCUCCCAGCAUUUCCCUUAACCAUUGCCCUACUCAGCCCUGUCUACGACCCGCUCAUUGGAUGCACAGAAAUCCAGGAUGGAUAGUUUAAAGCAGACCACUCAUGUAAGGUUGCAUCUCUUUGUGCUCCAGGUGCCCCACUAGAGCCUUGGCUGAGAAAACCAUGCAGCUCCUACUCCUCAAGCUGUGCUACCUGGGGCCAUGUCAGCACCUGACAUCCUUAGGCCAAGGCCCCAGUUCUCCAGCACUGACACUGCCCUAUGCCCCCCUUUUAAAAAUAUUAAUUCUAUCCCAGAGUUCCAAGUAUCCAGGUGGCUGAUAUUAGCCACCAUUUAAAUUUUCCACAUUUCUCCCCACCUAGUGUUACCUUCAGGCAUUUUAGGAAAUUAAACUGGCUGCUAGCCCAGCACUGCUCAGAGCACUCUUGUUGCCAUUUAGAAAUACCCAGCCCCAAAUCUGGAACUGGUAAAGUACUAAGUAAUGUCUGUCCAAAGAUAUAAAAUAGUUAUUGCAUCUUUUCUUGGCCCACCCCAAUUAAAGGCUGUGGAUGCUUUUUAGUUACACAGCACUCUUAACCUCAGCUCUAAUUCUGUCAUUCUGUAGAACUACAAGUAGCAAAUAGCCUCUCUAAAUUCUAUUAAGCUGCUUUGGAAAACUGUAUUUGAAACAGGGGGUGUAGUUAGGGAGAAUGAAGGCCUCCUGUCAGUCUGCAAUGGAAAGUUGGAGAAUCUCUAGAUAUGUUCUUCACCCCUGACCUUUUGCUUUGCUAUUUAUUUGUCCUCGGGACCUUGUGUAACACAGUUGUGUUUUAACUCAGCAACCAUAUUCCAUACAAAAGAAGGAAGUUUGGCAAGUUUCCAUUUUUGGCAGUGCUGGAGUGUGGGGGCUGGGCGUUCUUUUUGUCCUGAGGUGCUAGAAUGGUCAUUUCUCUGAGUUAAUUGUCCCUGUUUACCAUCCCCUUGUGACUUGGGGCUGGCACAGGACUGGGCUUUCAAGACUAGGAAGCCCAGGCUGAUCUCAGUGAAAUGAGCCAUAUACUUCAAGGGGCAUUUAACUGUGAUGUUGGGGAAGCAAAGGCAGCCUAACACCCCCUUCAGGAGAGCCUACUCAGUCACUGAGCUGCCUUCCAACCUCCUGGGCCUUAAGGCUGCAUUCUGCCACUCAAACAGCCUGCAGCCCUCCUGCGACUCUGUGGAGGUGCCCAUCUUCUCUGUGAGCUUCUGAUCUUCCCCAGCUUAGCCCCACCCCAUUUCAAGAGAGGAGACAGCCAGAUUUUCUGGAAUGCUCUUAAUGCAUUUCUGAUGAUUUACUGAGAGGCUCCACUGCCAGGGAAACCCUCACCCUGCAAGGGGGUGUAGCAUAUUGGGGGCGGGGAGUGGAGCGAUGAAGCAGUGCUGUGAAUCAGAGAUCGGCUGAGCCACCUGCUGGUGGAAGGAGAGAUGGAAACCUAUUGCUGACUUUCUGGAUCCCUAGCCAAGACCUCCAUGUCCCAUCAAAGAGUAAAAUAAACACUUUCCCCCUUAAACUCAUUGAGCUUUGUUACUGGCCAGGCCUUGUCACCCGUAGCAAGCCAUGUUCUUGGCUUCAAGCAUUUAAAACAUAGCAUUUAGUGUAUUUGAGGCCAUCGCUGAAUCAUGGACUGUGUAGUGGUGGACUUGAAUACUAUGAUGCCCUGUAUGAGGCCAAGAUUUGGAGCCAGCCCCCCCCCCCCCGUCCAGCCCUUGCGCUGCCUUCCCAAAGGCAAAUAAGGAAGUUCCCUGCUUUGGGAAGAAGGUGUGAGGCUCUGGCAGGGUGCUAGAGCCCUCCCAUCUCCUUCCCAAAGCUGGGAAAGUGCUGAUUAGUCUUUGAAAAGGAGGUGGGAGGACUCCAGAACUCUAUCAGAGCCUCACAGUUCUUCCCAAAGCCCAGUGCCUCAUUGACUGGGCUUUGAGAUGGCUCCCCCCCAGCUCAGAGCCCAGUUCGUGGCACCACUUGCACAGCCCAGUUAGAGGACAGCAAAUAGGAUACAGGGCCACCCUAGUAUCAGCACCUCUGACAUUGCUGAGUUGCUCCUCUUUAAAUGGACAUAUCCUAUCUUGGGAUGAUUAAUUUUACACCCGUUUUGGAUUUGAGCUUACUUGAUUAAUCAAGUACUGUAAUUAAUCAAGUAACCAAUGCAGGAGUCACAUGAUACAGGAGGUGGCUUUGCAUUGAAUGGCAGCAUGGACUCUAGUGGUCUUCUCUCUUCCAGGUGCAUUUCCAACUCAGACAGAGCACUGUGGACAGCCCUCGUGUACAAAAGGCUUCUGACAGGGUCCCCAACAGUAAAGCCCUGCAUAAGAAGGUUGUGCCACGAGCUGCCCAAUGGGAGACGCCACGGUGAAGGCAGACCUCGGCUGGGUGAAAGCUGGUGGAGAUAUCGAACAUGAGAUGUCAACAAGGCUGACUGAUGAACUUUCCAAGAUCCAUCUAUUGUGAUACCCAUAAACAUGAAAUGAGCCUAAACCUUCUUGUUUAUUAAAUGGCUAGUAUUUAACUGC